CCUCACAUAUGGCUCGUCUGCAGUCAGUGAUGAGUCAGGCGCGGAGGAAUCUUCGUCUGGAAUCUUCACAGAGCUACCGAGAAGUGACCUCUACACACCUAAACAGACACCGAAAGCAUCGUCCUCCAAUUCAUGAUGGCCACUUCUGAAGAAACGGAUGCAUCGUUUGAAUCUUUUAAGGCAUCAGAGAUUGCUGCAGCACAGGCGGCAGUAUUUUCUGAAGAAAAAGGAAUGAACAGUCAGGCUGAACCUGAAGAAAGACGAGUCGUUCUUAUUGGAAAAAUCGGAGCUGGUAAAAGUCAUACCGGAAACGGAAUAUUAGGAAAGCAGCGUUUUGAAAGUAAAAGAUGUUGGUCAUCUGUCACAAGGAGGUGUGAAUACGGCGUGGGGACCAGGAAUGGUUUUCUGUAUCGAGUAUAUGAUACACCAGGAAUGAGUUCACCCAAAGAUGCGGGUAUCGAUGUAGAAACAGAUAUUAGACGAUGUUUGUUUUGCACGUCACCAGGAUUUCACGCCAUUGUCUUGGUUUUGUCAGCGGAUGAACGGAUAACAGCAGAAGAUAUUAAGAUGCUGAAACUUCUCGAUAAUUUAUUAGGAGAAAGUGCGUUUACAUAUAUGAUCCUGGUUGUUUCCAAAUUAGAAGAUGACGAAAGUCAACUAACAGAAAUGAUGUCAGAGGCCCCAGAAGUUGUUGAAUUGAACGUAAAAUGCAAUGCUAGACACGUCAUAUUUGGGGACAGUAAAAAGAAAAUACCUUCAGAAUGUGUUAAAAAAUUUGAUGAUAUGCUUACAAACUUAAUCAAGGAAAAUUCUAGAAAGGGUAAAGAACAUUACACACAUAAGUACUAUGAAAAAGCAACCAGAAUUCUUGAAAAAGAUAAAAAAGAUUACAUGAAAAAAAAUCCUGGUAUACCAGAAGCCGAAGCCAUGGAAAUAGUGAGAGAUAGGGCGGCCGAGGGCCUCUCUCCCCGAGACGGAGAACUGAAAGCUUUAAAUGACUGUUGUGUUAUUUCAUGAAGUUUAUUGGGGUAUAAAAUACAUUUAGUUUCCUUCUUAAAAUUCUUAAUUGAAUUUUAAGUAUGGAUAGCGUUACGUCCCCCGUUUAGUGACGAGGCGACUCUGGCAAAAAUAUUCAAGCUGAUGUGUGUGUCCGUAUUUUAUUUUCUGUUAGUUUCCAUUAAAAAAAAGUUUAAUUGCGAAUUUCUUGAAAAGACACAAUCUAUAUUAUAAAGUUACUGUAUGAGCUUUUUAUCCUUUUUGUUAAUAUAAUGAAAAGUAGAAUGAGAAUAUAAAACAAUAAUAUUCAAUAGUUUAUGAAGAGUGUUUACCCUGGCCACAUUCACAAUAUAUAAAAUCUCUUCGAGUUUUUGUACAUCAUAUUGAUGACAGAUGUAUAUUUUCAUGCUUGUAUCUUUACGUUGACUCUUUUUAAAAAACAACUUUCUU